GCCAAAAAAAGCUUAACAAAGUUGUUCAGCUAAAUGGGUAUGGAUUUAUGAGGAAUUAUCGUGGUACCUACGAGGUUCUCGUGGUACUUUUCGGUCAUUGCGAAACGAUGAGACCUCAAAUCAGCCACUUAUAAAUCCUCUGGGUUUUAUUGUUCGCCAUUCAUUUUUUAUAGACGCGCAAAAUUUUCUCACAUGCUCUACAUAUUUUCAUUGAAAUCGGACAUGAUUCCCCAUGGGGAAUUCAAAAGUAGAUCCAAGACUUUCACUCGUUACCCUUUCUCUCAUAUCUUACUUGGCCCCCAGUCAAAAGACCCCUCUCUCUGUACAUAUCUACAAUGUCUCCACAUUAGAUUGAUCCCCCUUCCUUUCUCCACUGUUGAUUUUUCAAGAGAUAUAGAAGUAUCAAAAGUUCGCUUUUUUUUUCUUUAUUCGACUUUUUCCAAAUUUUUGGUCAUCGUCAUCGUUAUAGGGGUAUUAUAUUUCUUUGUUUAAUGGUUAUGCAACGUCAUCUGAUGAGAUUUAUUGGAUGACCAUUUUACUAUAAAUUAUCAUACAUCAUCUCAAAUUCCAUAUCCAUCAAGCAGCGGAAAUAACUCCGAGUAAUUGAUCCUACAAGGAAAACAACUCAUUUACGAUUUUCCCCAAAACUAGUCGUUGAACAUCAAAAUGGUAGGAGGAUUAGAUGAUUCGGAUAGAAAGGUGGAGAGAGCGGAGGUUGAGCAAUAUGAGACAGGUCCACCAGCGAAGAGAUCAUUUGGUGGAAAAGUAAAAAGACAUUGUGCUCGAUUUUGGUGGAUUCAUCUUAUAAUUUUCUGUAUAUCAUUUCUCAUCAUUGCAUUAUGUCUUGUUUAUGUCGCUAUGCCUAAGAUUGCCCAAGAUGGUGUUAAUGAUUCUUCUCUCGAAAUCACUCAACUCAAAUUUACAGAUCCAACUCCAGAUACCAUCGUUCUUAGUCAAGUAGGAAUACUUCAUAGUCCUUCGAUGUACACACCUACUCUUGACCCAUUCAAUGCCUCCUCAUAUCUAGUCACAGAUGGCCAAUAUGCUUCUUCGCCAAUGGUCAUCAUCCCUCUACCCAAAAUCCACGCUCUCCACCCUAAAUCCACAAUCUCAGUCGAAAACCGAGAAGUAUCAAUCGUAAGCCUCGAUGCUCUCUCCGACUAUACCACCGCUGUCCUCUCCAACGAAUACGUUACCACAGCCCUCGUUGGAAAAACCAAACUCCACGAAGGUGCCCUCCCCGUCAUCACCGUAAACUACAACCAAACAUCCACAUACAAAGGACUCAACGGUCUCAAAGGCUUCAACGUCACCAACGUCCGCGUCAAUCUCACUGCUCUCUCCGGCCCAAAUCUUUCCGGCUACGCAUAUAUUCCCAAUCCCUCCGAUAUGACCAUCGUCAUGGGCGAUGUCACCUUGGAACUCUCCACCGCCACGGGAGUCGUCGGUAAUUCCACAAUAGCAAACAUGACAUUAGUACCGGGAAACAAUACUCUUCCAAUGAUUGGAACGAUGGAUCAAUCAAAAGUACUAGGAAGUGCGGAUCUGACGACCGGAAUCGUUGAGUUGAGUAUUGUGGGGAAGAGUGCAAUUUACAAUGGCGAACAUUUGGUAUAUUAUGAGAGGGCACUCGCAAGUAAUAAUUUGAGCUUGGCGUUGAAUGUGGUGCAGGUUGUGAAGGACAGUUCCGGGGGUUUGCUUUGAGGAACUGGGGUUUAGACAGGGGGGAGGGAGGAUCCAAAGACAGGAGCAGAAGAAAACGGGUGUGGGAUUAUGGAAAUAAAUAAUUAAAAAUUCUCACCUGGUGUGAAGGAGUAGUCGUGUUUGUGUUUUUCGGCGAAGGGUGAUGGGCCUACCUUCCUACUUUCCCUGUUGCCACACUGCGAGGGUGGUAAAUGAUGCGAGGCGGGGGUUGGUUAAUCGAUCGUGUUUCUUGCAUGAUUAUUUGCUUGCUUGCCUACUUGUUUACUGGCGCGGUCGUGGAUUUGAAUAUAUGAUACCUACCUACCUACCUACCUACAUGAUUACCCAUAUAAUUUCGUUGGAAUAGAAAAAGAUGUUUGUUACUAGUAUACUGCUUAUUAGUAUCAUAUAUGAUUUCCAGCUAAUUUACUUAACUGGUCUCCAAAUCUAAAGACUUGCAUUGCGAUUACAAUUACAAUCA